GAGAUUAUCUUUCUGAUGAAUCGCGCUAUCGCUAUUGUUGUAGAUCUGCUUCUUUUUUUUCCAACCCUAAUCGAGAACCGCCGAUACGUAAAGAGAUCAAAGAAAAGGGUUUAAUCAUGGCCAAUCAGAAAGGCGCUCUCGAAGGCUUUUACAGACUGAUCAUGCGCCGUAACUCCGUCUACGUCUCCUUCAUCAUCGCCGGCGCUUUCUUCGGCGAACGGGCUGUGGAUUACGGUGUUCAUAAGCUCUGGGAAAGCAAGAAUGUUGGGAAACGGUACGAAGACAUCUCUGUGUUGGGUCAAAGGCCUAUUGAAGAAUGAGAUUUCUCCUUUACGAAUCUUCUCAGACUAAAAGAAGGAAAUGAAACUUUCCUUGUUGUUUUGCAAGUCGCUUCUCUUGUUCAAUAAAUCAUUGGGAUGAUUUUAAUACUUUCACCUAAAGCACGCUUACUGAACUGAUUAAUUGAAUUUUCUGCAUUGUGGUA